AUGUCCCAGAAUAACCUGUUGCAAGGAUACGGCUGGGAGAGCCAGUACGAAGAUCCGCAGGAGCAAUUCCCUCGGCCCAUCCAGGACGAGGUUAUCAGUGUUUACGAAGUUUACGUGAAAGAAGAGACUUCAGGCUCUGACGGGAGGAACGAUAUCACUGUCGUGCCGGGUUUGACUUCCGCCAAUGACCACCAGUUGAUUCAGAAUGACUGCAUGAAUCUAGACGUUGCCAUAGACUCCGAAGUAAUCAACAUCGAUGGCAGCGUAGCAAAGUUUCUCGGGAAAGAUGCGUUUAAGUAUAAGAUCCUAGAUCAAAAUGUCAAUGCACCGGAGGAUAAUGUUAUGGUCUACUCGCACCCGGUGAUCGAAGGGCCAUCCUCGUCUUCCACUCAACUGAUCGACAAAGAUGACCCGAGAUCGAAACUUCAUUUUGUCAAGUACCUGAAACGGGACGGGAAGACUCUGAAAAUAUGGGAGUGCGGAAUCUGUUCCAAGGAGUUCCGGCAUCAGUACACACUGAUGAGACAUUUGCCGACCCACACCGAUGAGAGGAACUUUAAAUGCGAGGCUUGCGGCAAAGCUUUCCGGCAGUUAUCGACACUGAGCCAGCACAAGGCGAUACACAGCGACGCGCGGCCGUACGUUUGCGAAUUUUGCAAGAAAACUUUCAACAGAGUGUCUACGUUGAUCUCCCAUCGGAAAACGCACUCGGAACAUAAACCGCACAAGUGUCAGGUUUGCGGAAAAGGAUUUCAUCAAAAAGGCAAUUUGAGGAACCACGUGUUUACCCACACGAACGAACGGCCGUACAAAUGCGAGCUUUGCGGCAAAGGCUUCAAUCAGAUGUCGAAUUUGGUCUGCCACAAGGUCAAAGCGCAUGCACACGCGGAGAAAAUGCAGUACGUGUGCGGAAUCUGCGGCAAAGAGUUUCCGCGUCGAUUCUCUUUGAGAUCGCACGAGGAGUACAAGCACGGCAUAAAGUAUCGGCACCCGACCACCGCGCAGCCCGAAAUGAACGAUCCGAACAUCAUAAGAAAUAAAAAUGUGAGGAUCGUUCAACUACCGAAUGGUGAUCGUAACCAUGCCAUCGAAAUUAGGGACAAGGAUCCAUUACUUGCGUCCGAUGUAAUGGAAUCCGUGGUGAUCGACAAAAUCGACACGAAAGCGAUGGAUAUAGCGCUACUCGAAGGUCAAACGCCGUUUGCCCUCUUCAAGCCUGCCAAGGGAAUUCCGGUACUCGUGAAAGUUUCACCAACUGGAACUCACAAAAAUAUCCUGACGCCCGCGACGGCCGAAGAUUUACGAAUGGCGGGAAAAAUGACUCUGAGUCCGACGAUCACGUCGGAUCAGGACAGGAUCAAAGCUGUUCAGAUAAAGGUGCCUGUGGUAGCCACUGUUAUCCAGAACGUUGAUCCAGAUGGAAAAAUAAAUUUCAUCAUUGAACCACCUGGACCUGAAAACGAACACGAGAGCCUGGUCACGGCAUUGGACUCCCAGUUCACGUACGGCGAGCCAGCCAGAAACGAGCCGGAUCGCCAGAAUGGUACUGUUGUGUCCUCGUCGAUGGAGGAUUGCAACGAGUUGCUGGAACUGGCCGCCCAGGGCGGCAUACAAUUCGUGCGCGCCACCGAGGACGGUCGUUACGAGGUGAUGACGAACAGCGAGGCCCGUGACUUGAUGGCGCAGAACGCGCACGACGUGACGAUCCUUGACGGCGACGAAGCGGACGCGAUCAAUGUGGUGAACAUGCGAGGCAACGGGGAAGUCAUCAUCGGGGACCCGGAUAAUCAGAUCAUGGUACUUGACACGACGUCCGCGCAGAAACACAUACCGAUGGACAGUAUCGAGAUCCUCGAGGACAAAGACAUACGUAUUCUCGACAGCAAGAGCCUCGACGAUCGUUUCGUCGAUGGCAUCAGCUUCCUCUCCCAGCCGAAAAUCGAUGACCUGAUCCUCGGCUCGAAAUCGUUGUCCAUGGACGCCGGUGUCGCCGUCAGUGAACACGACGACGAAAGUAUAGGAGUACCCUCGAGUCAGCAAGAGUUAACGAACAUUCUCAGUCAUCGAAGCGAGAUAUCCACUUUAUCAACGACCACACAACCUUCGAUGUCGUCUUUGUUAUUGAAAAACCAUCCCUCCUUGUCAAUCCUAAGUGAAACACUUCCGUAUUUGAAGAGCAACAAUAGCUUAACCGAGGAUCUCAACAUUCUCGGUAGUUCAACAAUGGAUGAACAUCACUCCGUUUAUGAGAGCAAGAUGAAAUUACCAAACGUAUUCGACGACGGUGAAUCCGAUAGCGGUCUGAUACCCAUUAGCCAAUCGGACAUGAAAAUUCUUGGAGCGUCUCAUCAAACUUCGAAGGUCUUGGAUAAUAAAACGAAUUGUUUGACGUCGUCGAAACUGUUCGCCGGACUGGGCGAAGUGAAAAUCUUGGGCCCGAAGAACCAUACUCAAGAGAUCAUGGCGACCCAGUAUUCAGACAUGAAGCUGCUCAGUCCGUACGAGCAGUUUUUGAAGAACACCGCUGCGAACACGAACGGUUGCGAUACCAACAUCGUGAACACUUCCGGCGGAUGCAGGAAGGAAGUGAAAAUUUUGGGGAAGAAGUUGGGCACUGGCAUUAUUACCAGCACAGAGGACGGCAGCGUUGUAGAAGUCGUCGAAGAGAAAACUAAGCUGAUGAUGAACAACGCCGGAGGGCUAUGCAAUAGCGCGGAUAGCACGGUGAUUUCAUCGCCCCGUUUGGAUAGGCAAAUCUCAGAAAAUGGCGGUCCCGAUAGUUUCUUGCUUCAGGCCUGCAGCCCGUGCGACCCAGACUUCCUGAAUUUCGAGAACCGUCUGAAGGACACCUCGCCGGGCAGCCAUUACGAGCGAACCCAAAAGGAUUCCAGGGACAGCUUCAGCUCCAACGGCGGCCUCCCCGAUCUCGAUUGA